GAAAAAACACGCGAAAAAUGGCUUGUCCAUUUAGUAGUAACUUUUUGUUAUCAACAAACGGGCAACGGUCAUCGAAUACAUCAAAACGUGGUUCAACUGAUGCGGCCACAUGUGGUGGUAGCUCUUCUGGCGGUGGUAGUCCAUUAACAUUUUCGGAGGAAGAUGAUUUAAAUAAAAAAAUACAAUCACGUCAAUCUUCGUUACAUUGUCACUCAAAUUCACCCGCUACUACUGCAAUUUUUGUGGAGAAUACUGGUGCUGAACAAGGUGAUAAUUUUAAUCCGACGUUGAAUUUGAAAUGUUUGAGUAUUGCAAUUCAAUUGUUAACAAAUCCACCGAAUGAAGCCCUUCAGAGUGCUCUGACGUCAUUACUUGAAAAAGAACAAGAUGUCAGCUCAACCCUCUUCAAUGCAACUACAAACCUACAAAAUAAAUUACCAACAGACGUCACCGAAUGUAGUCAUUACGCAUACCUAGAAGACAUUUAUGAUUUGGUUGAUAACGACGAAGAAAUCAAAAACGAAGAAUUUUUCGAUCAUCUGGGACAAGAAUUAAUAAAUACAUCAUGUACGGGUCGAAUUGAACGUGCUUUCCGAUGUUUGGGUGGUAAUUUACAAGACUUUCUUACAACAUUAGACAGUGUACAUGAUGUACUUCAACAUCAACAACUAUCAGGACCACCUCCACUAACACCGUCAACAACUACAGCACCCUUGCACCAAGAAGAUGGCAGCGAUGAACAACAGUCCACUGAACAAAUUGAUAAUUUAAUAAAACAAUCAAAAACAUUAACUGUUAAUAAUGAGAAUACAGCAAGUGCGGGAGAUGACUAUGCUGCCUUUGUUUGUACGGAACGACCAGAUGGUGAUUUAGAAUUACAUUUUACCACCGAUUGUAUUCCGGUUGCAUAUUUAUUAGUUGGAAGUUUAAAAUCAAUAGCAAAUAUUUUAUAUGAUACAGAAGCUCAAGUACAAAUACAACCGAACACAAAUGAUUCUCGACAAUAUCGAUAUGUCAUAAAGUCAACAUCAAAAUCACAACAAACAUCUUUAGAUGAUGUUGAUGACAAUAACGAUGUGAUAACGGCAGUCGAUUAUCAAAAACAACAACAAACAAGCACCGCUGCCAGUGGAAGCAAUAAUAGUUGUGGUCGACGACGUCGUGUAUGUGAGUCACGCAAUGUACAACAUUUACAAAUGGGUGUUGUCAGUUUUUGUAAAGCGUUCCCAUGGCAUUUUAUAAUGGAUCGGAAACUAGAAUUAGUACAGCUUGGUGCUGGUUUUACACGUUUAUUUACGAGAGAUGUAUUAUGUCAACAAGGUACAGCGGCAUCAACAUAUUUUCAUUUUCAUCGUCCACGAGGACUUGUACUCACAUUUCCGGAGAUUGUCAAGCGUGCAAAUACGCCAUUUGUAUUAUUAAUACGAAAACCAACUGGUGUACAAGAAUUUCCUGCUGAGGGAAUGGAAUUGAAAGGACAAAUGGUAUAUUGCCCGGAAUCAGAUUCAUUAUUAUUUGUUGGGUCACCGUUUUUAGAUGGCCUUGAAGGACUUACUAGUCGAGGACUUUUCAUAUCUGAUAUACCCUUACAUGAUGCUACUAGAGAUGUUAUACUUGUUGGUGAACAAGCACGGGCUCAAGAUGGAUUAAGAAGGCGAAUGGAUAAAUUAAAAAGUUCAAUAGAAGAAGCAAAUCGUGCUGUUGAUAAAGAAAGAGAGAAAAAUGUUAGUUUAUUACAUUUAAUUUUCCCACCAGAUAUUGCAAAACGUUUAUGGCUUGGUGAAUCGAUUGAAGCAAAAACACAUGAAGAUGUGACAAUGCUAUUUAGUGAUAUUGUUGGUUUUACAUCAAUAUGUAGUACAGCAACACCAAUGAUGGUUAUCAACAUGUUGCAAAAUUUAUAUAAUCAAUUUGAUGUAUUCUGUGGAUUAUUGGAUGUUUACAAGGUGGAAACUAUUGGUGAUGCAUAUUGUGUUGCAAGUGGUUUACAUCGACGAAGCGCAACUCAUGCUCAACAAAUUGCAUGGAUGGCAUUGAAAAUGAUUGAAACAUGUACAAGACAUCAAACACAUGAUGGAAAACCAAUUCGAAUGCGAAUUGGAUUACAUACUGGAACAGUUCUAGCGGGCGUAGUUGGCAAGAAAAUGCCAAGAUAUUGUUUAUUUGGUCAUAACGUUACAAUAGCAAAUAAGUUUGAGUCUGGCAGUGAACCAUUACGAAUAAAUAUUAGUCCCAGCACGUAUGAAUUUUUAGUGAAAAGUCCAGGAUUUGAAUUUGAAAUGCGUGAUCGUUCAUGUUUACCAAAAGAUUUCCCAUCAAAUAUACCAGGCACAUGUUAUUUUUUAAAUGGUUAUUAUCAUCCAAAUGUGGAACGUACAGCACCAUUAUCAGAUCAUAUUAAUCGGGCACUAGCCGAUAUUGAUCUUGGUAUAAUCACUUCCACAGUUUAA